AUGACCACAUCUUAUGCCCGGCCAAAGUCCAUUCGAUCAGCAACACUCCCACCUUCAACCUCAACCCUCAAGAUGGCGAGCAAUACUUUGGAGAAGCAAACCAAGCAGUUACCUGAGCCACCAAAGCAUCCAUACAAGCGUCAGUUCAUUACAAGUGGCCUGUUUUGUUUUGCAAUCUUGGGUUUCUUGAGGCAUUACAUCAUCGCACCUACAUCAUCGUCACGAUGGUCACUCUCCACUGGAUUCAACAGCGUUGAGACGAAAGAGCAAUGUUCUCAAGUAGAACCUUUAUUUCCCGCUCGAACGACAAAGGGGAUGGAAGAGAUGGAAGCAUACCUGACAUCUGACGCGUUCCGUGAUGUAGCCAUUGAACGCUUAUCAGGCGCCGUCAAGAUACCCACGCAAAGCUACGAUGACAUGGGAACAAUUGGCGAGGAUCCACGCUGGGACAUCUUCUACUCGUUUGCAGACUAUCUCAGCAAGACUUACCCACUGGUGCAUGCUACGCUGCAACUUGAAAAAGUUAAUACCCAUGGCUUGUUGUAUACAUGGGCUGGUUCUGAUCCCAGUUUGAAGCCGAAUUUGCUCAUGGCUCAUCAGGAUGUUGUGCCUGUGCCUGAUUCGACUAUUAAACAAUGGUCGUAUCCGCCCUUUUCGGGCCAUUAUGACGGGAAGUUUGUGUGGGGGAGAGGCGCAAGCGAUUGCAAGAAUCAACUAAUGGCUAUCUUGAACGCUGUCGAGGCGCUCAUCGCUGCGGAUUUCACACCCAAACGCACUCUGAUCCUAUCAUUUGGAUUCGACGAAGAGAUCUCCGGGAGAGAAGGCGCACAACAUCUCGCGAACUACCUAUUGAAGAAGCUCGGCCACAACUCCAUCGCCGCCAUUGUAGACGAAGGCGCCGUCAACAUCGAGACCUGGGGCGCAAACUUCGCCAUACCAGGAGUUGCAGAAAAAGGCUACAUCGAUGUGGACAUCGUUGUACGCAUGCCCGGCGGCCAUAGUAGUAUCCCCCCAGCCCACAAUGGCAUCGGGGUCGCCAGCGAACUCAUCACGCUCAUCGAAGCAAACGCCUACGACCCUUACCUCGACGACUCAAACCCAUACUUAGGCCUCCUCCAAUGCGGCGCCUCGCACGCCCCGGAUUUCCCGCGCCCCUUGGCCAAACUCCUGCAUAAUCGUUCUUCACACCACAAGGCGUGUAGUAAAAAAGACGCCCUCGCGCUCGAAGCAGCAAAAGCUGGUCCCGCGGUGAAAUACCUCUUCACAACCUCCGUGGCCGUCGACAUCAUCCACGGCGGCGUGAAAACAAACGCACUUCCCGAACGCACGCUGAUGACGGUGAAUCACCGUAUAAACGUUGGCUCGAGCUCUGAUGUUGUCAAGACACAUAUCACCGCUCUUGCUGCACAAGUUGCACAAAAAUAUAAUCUCACGCUCCAUGCGUUUAACGGGGAGGAGGAAUCGCCUUCAAGUAUAACGUUAUCCCACGGCCCUACUAUGCUUGAACCUGCUCCUGUUACACCUACUUCCCUCCUCCCCCUCUCCUCCUCCUCCUCCAACUCCUCUGACUCUAACAAAACAACACCCUACGCCAUCCUCUCCGGCACUACACGCGCCCUCUACGGCAAUGACCUCCUCGUUAGCCCGGGCAUUAUGACGGGAAACACGGAUACGCGGUACUAUUGGGAUUUGAGCGAGAAUAUCUUUAGGUACGGGCCGGGCUGGGAUAGGGAACAGGUUGGUUUGGGGAAUAUUCAUACGGUUGAUGAGAGGGUAGGGGUGAGGGCGCAUUUGGAUACUGUGAGGUGGAUGUGGGGGUGGGUUAGGAAUGUUGAUGAAGGGGUGUUUUGA